CACAUUUCAGUCGCUGUCCGAUCGCGCUUAGUGGCACGUCCCGAGCUCUGUGUUUGUGUACGAUGCGAAAUUGUUCGCUCUUCGCGGGAUUCGCUUUUUUGAGGAAAUAAGAAAACUUUUCGCUUUUGGGGAUUUUAAAUAGCGUGUGACGAAACAAUUUUGUUAAAAGUUGUUUGUUUUUAUUGUGUUGGUGAUAAAAUAGCGUGUUUGAAUCGCUUGUGAUUGUGCAAUUUUUGAUGAUCUGAAGAUCGUGGGAUCGAUUCUCGCUUCGCGAUCGUCGAUCGUUCGCUCACUCGAUCGUGCGAAGAAUGAGAGAGGAGUGAAAGCAGACGAAGAGCCUCUUGAUUAAAGGCAAAACAUUGAUAACAAGUGAAUUUGUGUGUGUGCUUGUCGGAGCAUGCAUUCUACGCUUGUCGUAACCAAAGUGGAUCCUUAACAUUGCAUUGCGUGUUGUGUUUGUGGUUGUAGUGGUCCCUUUAGUCAAAGUUUGAAAAGGGGUUAAAACAAUCUGCGCCAAUUGGGAUUCAAUUGUGCAAACUGUGAAAUGUGUAAGUAAUAAAAUAAAAAGUGACAGACGUGCUGAUUGUACUAAUUUGGUUAUUGUUUUCGCGUAAGUCUGUGUGUUUGUGUGCGCAAUAAAUUAACACGGCAACUUAAGGUGAAACGAAGCCGGAGGCACUUCCAUGACAAAUCUAUCCAUUUUUUGACGCCCGGUUCGAAUUGAAAUUUGGGCGUUGUGCCGAGCGGUUUGUGACCUAUAUUGUGUGACGAAAGAUGAAAUAGCAGAGCAGUUUGUAUUUUGUUGUUGUUGGUGAUUUUUUUUCGAAAACCCAGAAAAUAAAGAAGCCGCCAAAAAGGAGUGCACGGCGCGAAACAAAACGCCGCUCUUCCAAGUCGAAAAAGGAAAACAAAAAUAAAUUUUAAAAUUCAAAAAAGUGGUCAUUCGUGCCCAAGGAAUAAUAAUCACCGGAGAAGCGGAGUCGAGUGGAGAAAAACAGUGGAUCGGCAACACGCACAAAAAUUGUAGUGGGCCUUGCCUAUCUUGUUUCCAGGAAGUGUCGGAUCCCUGCGACGAGCCCCACCUCGCGCCGCCGAGAACUGCUAUAUCAUCCUUCGCAUCAUCUUCUCGAGCGCGAUCUUCCGUGCCGCGGGCCCAGUAGCUCACCAACGGUUCUGAAGCUCGGUUGCUGCUGCCGCUAGUCGACGUCGGAGUUUAGCCGUCGAAGUAGCCGCUCUACGGAGCGAGUCCCGGAAGAUCCGCAGAAUCCGCGUUUGAACUUAAUCGCGAAAUCCAUUUGGCCAGCUGGUGAAGAUCGUGAUCGUGUGUGUCGCGUUGUCGAAGUUCACUUUCGAUUUCCGUUGCGGGCUGAAUAGCUACACGCGGCACUUCGACAAGCCUGCUCGUGACGUGCUGUCGCCCAACCACGUGAAAGAGAAAGAAGUGUAUCGUGAGAGCUGGUGGAGUCUGCAAGUCUCAGUCCCUCGGCAUUUUUUUGUGUUUGUUUGUUGUUUAUUUAUUUCCCACAACACCGGGGAGAUAACCAAAGUGAAAGAGAGAGUGGAAUGAAUUUAAUGAGCAACCUGGCCGCCACCGUCAUCAUCAGGGAAGAAAGCAAAAGUGUUUAACCUUGAAAUGAUAGCUUCGUGACCGGGCAGAAACGUCAGCGGUGUGCAGAAUCGGUAAGGGCAACCCCUUUGGUGGAAGAAAACCUCAAGAGCCGAAGGAAAAGUGAAACGCAAAAAUCGCGACACGAAAUCGAAGAUCUGCGAAGAAUUCAAGAAGACAACCAAGCCAAACAAAAGAAUAGAAGAGUGAGUGGGGUACCUGAGUAGGAUACUUCCUGGAAGAUUUGAUUAAUUCAGUGUGAUUAGUGUUUUUUGUUGUGCAAGUAGCAAUUUCAUGUUUUCUGUGCAUUGUGUGUAAAAUUUACAUUUUCUUAUUGGAACGCGCAUCCUGAGGAUCAAGUUCAGAACUCGCAGUCCCCUGCUGUGGUAUUCUCAUCGGGACAAAGGAAGUCACUGUGCACCACUAAAUAAUACAGCUGGAACGAUGCAUUGAGCGUACUCUUUGCUACAGAUUCGUCUGGGGCAGUAGAUGAAAAGGUGACUGAUAAACAAAUGCGAAAUUGAAUCAAUUGCCAACGGAAAAUGCAGUGAGUCCUUCCCGUCGCAUCGAGACAAUGAAAAAGCGAGCUAAAUUAACAAUGUCCUGCUCCCUGUCGCUGGUCGCACUGCUGUGCUGCUGUUCCUGCCUGCUGGCACCACUGACCGCCGGGCUGCCAAUCACCUCGAAACCACUCGACAACAAUCCGGACCAUCUGACGUGGGAAGCGGCAUGGCUUUCCGGGGAUUCCCGGCCUGGGAUAGGGGGGAAAGCGAAAAAAAUCACGCCCAAAUCGAUCUUCAUUGCACCCCAGCUGAACGGGUUCAACGGGUCGUUGUGUCCACCGGACAUGAAGGUCGACUACAACGGGAAGUGCAUCCAGGUGCAGUCCAACAUUAAUCCGGCGGACAUCGUGCUGACCAAGCUGCAGAGUCUGCUUGGAGAUGGCGGUGGAGCGUCAAACACCGGUGGAAGCGAAGACUACGACUACGAGUACGACACGUCCGGGCCGUUCCAAGUCAACCUGCCGCUCAGUAUUGAUCUGCCGGUGGAGGAACCGCCGAAGCGAGCGGAAUCGUUCUACGAUACCAUGCUGGUGGACGUGCCGUCAUCUUUGACGACGACAACGGGUCAAGACCUGAAGCAGGCGUCAACGCAGCAGAUUCAGACAUUUCUUGCCGAAACCAGCAAGCGUCCUAUGGAUCAAACUGUUGCCGAGAGUCAGACCGAUAUUUCCUUUCUCGCGUUCGAGAGUCUCCCCAACGGAACCCUUUCGACGCAGCUCGAGCUGGACGGUGGAAGCAACGGGACGAUUGUUCAGCAGAUUGUUCUCUCUUCCACUGCAGCUGCUCCAACAACUGUUACCACGAUGGAUGCAACAAGCCUUGAUGGUAGUACGACGAGCGGUACGAGUACUGUGGCGAUUGGCAACACUGAUUUUGUCUCUACCACAGUGAGCCCGGUGACGACUGAGGAAUUCAGCAACACCGCGACAACGGAGUCCGUCACAGCUACAGACAAGAUGACCAGCGAGAGUCUGUUCGCUACGACUACCGGGACUUCCGACCAAGACAUGGAAGGUUUGAAGGCGGAACUGGCUGCCGAAGCACUGCUACUUGAUACGAACCAGUCUUCUACGACAGAACUUCCCUCUACCGAUAUGUCCGGGUUCGAAACGGAACCGGACACGCUGAGCACGGUGUCUACAACGGUGGAACUGGGCAGUACGAGUACGGAUCCUACCGAGAGCACCACUCCGCUUGACACAACCACCAUGAAGGUGUUGAUCCACACAAUCCCGUCGAUCCCAACAACUUCAAGACGCGCGCCCUCGCCCAAACCCGUACAGAUCGUCACCCCAGUGCGCACAAAGUGGUACAGCCCACCUGGCGCUACGCCACCACCCUUCAUCGUGGCCAGCUACACUCAGCAGGAGCGCACGACGCGAGCCACCCCGGAAACAACGUCCGAAACGCCUCUGCCGCUGCUAGUCAUGAACGAUACCGAGGCUGACAAGAAGAAUCGUGACGCAAUCCACCGGCAGGAGCAGAAGGACAAGCUCCGAGAAACCAUGGACACCAACAACCGCUUCGUGUACCACCACUUGGCGGCGCCACCGUCGACUGCUCCGUCAACAACCGUCGCCGAUCACAACUACGUUGACCAGCUGAAGAAGAUCAACGAGAUCAUCGCCGAGAACAAGCAGCGCCACCAACAGCAGAAUUCCCGCAUUCGCUUCCCGUCGCAGCACGACGAUCAUGUUCCAGCUGCCAGCAACAGCGCCAACAUGGUCCGCUUCCCGGGUUCCGUCUCCAACCGGGUCACCUCAAACCGGCUUCCGGACAUCUUCCCAAAGAAAUCCCCCGACAGUACAACCCAGCGUCCUCCGUUCUGGUGGCUCCCGUCAGGCUGGGAGGUCGACCAGACCGGCCAGAAGCCGAUGCUUCUCCGGUUCUGGUCCCGGAUGCCACUGGUGCGGGAUCAAUCGUUGACCAGCAGUACCAGCAGCAAUCCGGAAAGCAAUGGCAGUGCCACCCGAUGGAGACCCUCGGCACCACAGCCACCGCCCGGAAGCACCUCGCCAGCGUCGGCGGUAGCACCCCGGGGCAACUCCAAGAGCCCCAGCGAGAGCUUCUACAAAGAAGUAUCUUCGCAGGACGUCUACAAAGUGCUGAAUAUGCGACAGCUAAAGCACAAAAGAUAAAGUGUCCCGCCCCCCUCCCUUCUUUGGUAGUGUUCUAAUCCCCCCCCCCCAUCAGCUUUAAGUAUUAUUUAAACAUUGGAACGCGCAAUUGUGUAUAGACAAAGUAUAGAAUUAGUGGUACAACGAUCUAGCUGUUAAGAAGACCCCCACCUGCACUACUUUAGCGAACAAACCAGAAGGAAAACACGUGCACGCAUUAGAUUUUCCGCCGGCCCUUGAGUGAGAACUGUCACUUUUCUAACCUCGAAAACGGCGUAAAAUCUAGUUGGCGGGGAAAUGUGAGGAGUACUUAGCACGCACAACCCUUUAAAAAAAGUAUUUUAAUUUGUUGGAUUCACUUCAUGACAAUUUGCUUAGUAACUGUGAUAUUUUAACCACUUUAACAAUCUGCUUCUUCUUUCUCUACAACGCACAAAAGGAAGAAGUAUUUUUAGUCUUUUUAAAAAUACUUUCUUUUCCUAACCUUGAUCUUCGCUGUCUCGAUUUAGUUUUAUCACUUGACUGAUAAAAUGGUCAAAUCAACCCUCUUUUUUUAAAUACCCUUUCCGGCCUCACGUUUCAGCAAGUCACCGUGCCAAUAUAAAGUGUUUUUAAAGUGUAACCCCCAAAUUGUAAUUAGUGUGCGUCACCCAAAUUGUACAUAUACUCAAGUUUACGUGUGUGUUGUUAUGUAACUUAAUGCAAAAAUGGAAAAAAAAGUUUUAAUAUCGGAACCACGGAUGUAAAUCGUCACUGGGAGGAAAUUAAUAAGUUUUACAACAAAAAAAAUCUUUGUGCAUGUGUCUAUAAUGGAAAAUCAAAUCAAAAAGCUAUGUAUUAUGGUUAAGCGAAACACUACAUGUAUGUAUGUGCCAAAAAGUAAUAAAUUACAGAACAAUUUUGUAUUUUUGCCGGGGUGCAAGUAGCAAACGGAAACAUCACAAAUCUGUGCAACUGAUGCAUGUUUUUAUUAUAUAAAAAUAGUGCGAGAAACAAAAACUAUUCAAAACUCAGCCUCUCUAACCGAGCAACAGUCUUCUCAAAACGAACGAUCAUUGAAAACGAUAUUUGUAAAUAUAGUAGCUAAGAAUCGAAACCAAACCCUUCACUGGGAAGUGGUUUCCCCUGAACGUUGGUAUUCGUUGGGCUAUAAGUGUUAAGUGUGUACAUUGUUAAUCACUCAAAAAAAAACUAUUUAAUUUAAACAAAUUAGCCACGUAACAAGAUAAACCGUAAACCUUGAGCACAGGAAAACUCGAAAAUAGCAGCACAAAAAAUGCCGAAACAAAAAAUCGUAACAAAUCAAACAACAUAUUUGCCAAAAGUUUUAACUAUGUAUUAUAUAUUCUAAUAAAAAUAUAUUCUUGUACUAGAUACAAAUGUGACUAGCUGUAGCGUAGCAAAACAAGCACAAAAUGUUUGCGAGAAAUUGAAAGCAUACAGCAGCAGCAUCAGCAGCAAGCACACUUAUGUCGAACAGUCUCCCAGCAAGAGCAACAAAAUAUACUUACACACAGUCGAUAGCGGCUCAUUUCUACGUUGAUCGAAAAUCAUUUGAUGAAUAA